UCGUCGCCAUUACGUGCUCAUAGCUGGCGUGCUGGCAGGCAUGGUGGAGUAUCUCAACAGUGACUGCACGCCACCAGACUACGACCACGAGUUCAUCCCAAUCGUGGACGUCCUGGUCCCGAUAGUGUGGCAGGACCCCCAUGCGGCCGUGGAGAAGCUGGACGGCUUCAUCCAGGAUAUCAAAGACUCCGUCAGAGUUAUUCAAACGCUAGUAGAUUGGCACUGCAUCAAAAUUAAGGACCCAGAACGCUGCAACCGCGUGAUUCAAGCGUACGCCUACAAUGACCCGGACAACCUGGAAGAUUCACUGGACCUGCUGGUUUUGGUGGGUGAGCUGGCGGAGAUUUACGCAAGUAACAACUACGCCAGCGAGGCAUCGAACUACAACUCGGUACGGCUGCUCAUCACGGGCCAGAAGAAGCUGAAGCCUCUAAUAGAAAAGGGUGCAGAGGUCUACAAUCGACUAUAUGGGGAGCAUUGCGUGCCUUAGAAGUGUGCUUC